CGAAGAAGAGAGAGAACGCCUCGGCAGGCCUGUCCGCAGUCGAGCUGGUAAUCAGUGUCGUUUCCGCGGCAGCAGUGGCCACCACGCGGCAGAUUACGCAGAUUACCACUGUACACCCCCCGCGUAUCCGACCACCGAUCGUUGUGACGAGCUUGUGACAGUGCGACUACCGCUGCAACACUUUGCUUCCGGUUCCUUCGGAGCGCAUCUAUCGAACAACGAGUACCGCGAAGUGGUCGAGUGCUUCGAUUUUCAGUUAGAUUACUUUAACUCGAGUGACUAUCAAGGUCUAAUCCAGACACAGGGCUAGUCGUUGAAGAACCACAGUGUUGAUUAAUCUCACUCUAGGACCACCGGUACAAAGAGGAUAGGACUCUGUUGUCUUGUGUUGGCGCAAAAGAUUGCAGGGUUUUGUGACGAGAUCAUCGCGUCAGUUUAUGUUCCUCAUCGUCAAGGGUGGAACAGAGAAGAAACUCGUAUUGUCGCAUCAGUGGGUCAAGAGAAACGUGGUCAACCGGAGUAGGAUAAUGUUGGACGUCCGGAGGAGUCGGAACGUCAUGUUGAUCUCGUAAAGAAACUGCUUUGACUUUAAUGGGGGGAUCCGCUCGUGCCGGCUCGGUCGGUCCGCGGCGAUGCGGCGGAUUCCGAGAAUAACGGGCUUUGAAAUCGCUCGGGAUGCCAGCUCGUGAGAACAAUCUCAAUGACAUUGCGACUGAACUGAUUGCAAGCUGAUAAAACGAGAAUCGAAGUUUUCGACGUUGAGAUGACGCUUCUCUGUUGGCUGUCGCGCUGAUGUUUAGCAAUUCGCGUCACCGCGAGCCAGCCCGCGUGGAUAAGCGACGAAAAUAGAUAAGGAUGAUCGUAUCGUAAAAGCUCGACGAUAUUCGUGGUGGUCGACGGACAGUUAGGAGGGUAGAGUUAGCCGAGUUAAGUGGAAAUUACGAUGCGGUUCAAGUGAUCGUAGGUGAACUCGUCUGAGACACCCUUAAGACUUCGACAUUCACGUGUGUAUUUUAAGGAACAGGAUACCAAGAAAUCAUUGCCUAGUGCCGUAGAACGUUCAUCGAUCCUCUUAAGAAGAAGAAGAGGAAUAAGGAAAAAGUGGAUCGGUAUGAGCAGCAGCGAGGGCGUGGUGACAGGUCAGGGUACAGGGAGCGAUCGUCUGUGCGAGGACGUCGACAUGGCAACCUCAACGUCCGCCUCGUCGAACCUGAAGCCGCGAAGCGGUAAAAUCAGCUUCAGCGUGGACUCCCUGCUGAGCGACAUGAAGAAGACCGCCGUUACCGGCGGAGCGUUCGCUAGGCGCGAGAACGACGAUCGAACGGAGACUGAGAAAAACCUGGACAUGGAGGCCAGGUACCGCGAACUACUGAUGGAACAGCAGAGACUACAAAGCAGAGAACUGUUAGCGAGGUUGAGCCCGCACGGGCUAGCGUUUGCCAAUCACCAUCAUCAUCAUCCUUCGAGUAGAAUGGAUCAGGAUCACCCGUCGGCAGGCCGGCAAGAGAUCCUCACGGUGAAGGACUUCUCGAGAACGACCAGCCACGACAAGUCAUCUUCUCCAAUUAGGAUAGACCAAGAGGUUCAGAAGGAUCGAGACGAGAGACGACUGUCUACCGGUUCUCCGGCCAGCCGGAUCACCGAAUCGUUGAUCCAGAGGGAACGCGGCCAAGAGGAUGACGAAAGGAUGGACAGGAUCGCUAAUCCGCGAUCGGUGUCGCCGGUCAGCAGACGAGAGAUCAUGGACGAUAGAAGCGACUCGGAGGCGAACCGUUCUUUGGAAGGCGACAGAGCCGAUCAUCUGGAUCUCGAGGAUCAAGAGAUCAGAAGCGUGGGCCAGUCGGAGGAUCUGAACGUGAUGGACUCCGACUGCGAGCUAGAAAGAGACCUGGAUAAUAACCAGGAGAAGGAAGAAAAAUCGAGCCCGGUAGUGCCUCAACCGAUUCAUCCUGGAGUUCAGAGGCCGUCACAAGGACCGCCUUACCUGACCGGUGCACCCGGUGCGCCCGGUUGGAAUCCCGCGGGAUUUCCGCAUUCUCUGGCGGGCUUCGCGUGGCUACCCCCACCCCCACACCCGCACAAUCCCCAUGGACAUCUGUACACACCGCACGGUGGACCCACCAGUCCGAACGGCGACUUGAGGCUGCCGGGUCCAGGACCUGGGCCUGUCAGGUGCACCCUGAGGAAGCACAAGCCAAAUCGCAAACCGAGGACACCGUUCACCACCCAACAGCUGCUCUCGUUGGAGAAAAAGUUUCGUGAAAAGCAGUACCUAACGAUCGCCGAACGAGCGGAAUUCUCGUCGUCCCUUCACCUUACGGAAACGCAGGUGAAAAUCUGGUUCCAGAACAGGCGAGCGAAGGCGAAGCGUCUGCAGGAGGCCGAGAUCGAGAAGCUGAGGCUGUCGGCGAGGCCGUUGUUGCACCCGAGUUUCGGUUCUGGCUUGAUGUUCUCCGGAGUGGGGCCUCCAGGAACACCAGGAGUGCCUCCCUUCAUCGCGGCGGCCAUGGCUAGGCACACCCAUGUCGCGGCCGCGGCAGCCAUGUUCAUGGGGCCCCCUGGACACAGACCUUAAUAAGGCAGACUCGAGGCUCGCGAGCUCGAGUCGCUCGUACCCUGGCGAGUCUGCUCGAAACGCGUCGCGAGUUCCGUCUGUCUCUCGAAAAACCGCGAACGAUUUUCCGGAAACCACCAUGGGAUUCCGUCUGCAGAGGCUACGGGGUCGAAGAUAAAAGGUUCAAGAUUGUGGUAACAGUGCGUCAAUUGUGAACGAUGAUGGAGAUUAUGAAUGAGACGAGAGAAAGUGUCCUGAUAUCGGGGUACCAAUUUAUCGGGGAGAUGAAAACGAUUUUUAAAAACAGUGAAGCCAAUUACCGCGUAUUUAUUGGAAGUCCAGGAGCAAAGAAUUCAGCGUCGGAAACGAAGCUAUACCAGCUGAUUAAAUCGGAACGAUCUUCGAGCCCAUCAUCGGUGGAAUUCCAUGGGGGCCAGAAAUUACACUUCCAAAAUUCAAAAAAAAUGCAUGUAUGACUUGAAUUUUAUGGAAAAAUUCAGCUGUUAGCUCGCGACGAGCAAAGAAGUAUCAAUGGGAAAACGAGGCAGAUUCGUGGCUUUAUUUUUCUACGUUCAAAGUCGAAACUCUGAUUGUGAUUAGCUGAGUGUCGAGUUUAAUCCUUGUGUCGAUAACCAAGCAUCAAUUUCCAUAGUGACUUUAAUUCCCGUUGAAAUAAUUCGAAAUCGUAUGAAUAAAUAUAUAAAAGAAUCUUGAACGAUUCGGUUCAUUUCCACAAGGGUUAAACGAGAUCCACGAGUACCAUGGCGAGUGACAGCAUUUAGAAAGCAUUUCAUGGCGUUGAUCUCACGGGGAAACCGUACGGAACCGAUGUACAUAUUGUAAAUAGCCGUCUAACCGUAAGUGUACGUAUGUAUAUACGCGUGUACAGGACGUUCGAUUACAUUCGUAAUAAGAAAACAAAAGGGUUCGUCGCGGAGAAUUAAUGAACGAGGUAGAUCGACUAGAUUGAAAGAAAUAAUUAGUUGAUUUCACACGAAACGAAAAUUCGUGCAUUCGAGGCGCACGGCGAAGAAAAUCAGGACGAUAAGAUCUCUAAAUGGUUUCAUUUUAAGGAUAGACGAACGAUACGAGACUGAAGAGUAUGUACAUACGUGCGCGUGUCUAAGGAUUGAAAAAAAAAACGUGUAAAUUCUGUAGUUAAGUUCAACCAAGACACAGACAUCAUCCCUCGCGAGGUGUCCCGGUUGUACCUAAGCGCCCUGUAUAAAUGUAACAUGAUAAUUUAUCCAUGGAAGUAUACCAUAGCGAAAAUAAAAGCGAUUUCAGUAUUUAAA